AUGAUCGCACAAUUUACCGGCCGGAACCAACGAGCAUGGGAUAAAAUGCUGCCUGAGUUGCAAUUUGCCGUCAAUACCGCACACCACGAAUCAACCGGGUAUACNCCCGCUUUCCUUAAUUAUGGCCAAGAGCUGAGGGCCCCGGGAUCCCCCCAUACUGGCGGAAUAAAUCGUCCUCCCAAUUUCUCAAAACGGCUCGAGCAACUAGAAGCCGCACGCGAACUGGCCCGAAUAAACACCGCCCGGGCAUUUCAAAAGCAAGCGUCACAGUACGACCUGCGGCGACGAGCAUGGAGACCAAAAAUCGGGGAAAAGGUUAACAUCAAAACUCACGAACUCUCGGACAAAGCCCAGUAUAUUGCCGCCAAAUUAUCACCGAAAUAUAAGGGACCGUUCACAGUUACGCGCAUAGUCUCGCCGGUAAUCGUAGACCUUCGCGGUGAAAACGGUAAAUACGCACGACACAUUCACGUGAGUCAACUGAAGGAAUUUGGAGAAAACAUGCAAAAAAGGAAUUUAAACAACCCCACUCCAGACGCAAACCGAGCCGACGAGGCAGAGUAA